AUGACCGAGUGCCAUUGCUGGUUUGUUUUCUUAACAUUUCUUGCAACGUCUGAUGCAGGACUUUGGAAGACUGUGAACAGGCCUUUUUAUAAACUAACGUUUUACAACAUUGAUUCUACAUGGCAGGGGGCAAUAUCCUUUUGUAAGAUUAAAGGAUCAAGUCUUGUUCAACUUGAUGAUAGCUCUGUAAAAUAUGAUGUUAUUAACACAGUCGAAAGUUAUGGAGCCACUGAUUACUAUUGGAUUGGAGCAACAGAUGAAGCCUCAGAAGGACAUUGGAAAUGGAUGGAUGGAUCUUCAGCCUUGAUUUCUUCUUGGAAUUCCGGAGAUCCAAAUGGCGGAAGGGGAGAAAAUUAUCUUGCAAUAAGCAGGAACGGAAAAUUAUUUGAUUAUGCUUCAAGUCAUCUCAAAGGUGUUAUAUGUAUUAAAGUGUUUCCCAAAACAAUUUCUCGGGAUAUAUACAGACUGGAAGCAAUUGGAAGACAUCCCAUUAAAGUUACUUAUGGAACAGCUCAUACAGUUUGCGCAAAUAUGAGAUCGCGAGUUUUAACAUUUUCAUCGGUCACAAAUAAUCUCAUCAAGAUUCAUUUGAAUUCUGACACUGAUGACAAGCUCUGGUUGAAUCGUAAUUCUGGUUCUAGUUGCUAUUCACUAUCAUUGAUAGAUUACAAAUCGAGAACCACACAUUGUACUGACAAGCAUUACUACAUCUGCGAACAAGUUAAAACUCACGAUAUGCAGAUAUCAUUAUCGAACUUCAUUGCUGAUUCCUAUUCUGGGGAAAAAGAAAUAACGUGCCUGGCAUCUGGGUUUCCACCGCCGACUGUUAAAUGGAUGAGAGGAAAAACUGCACUUAUUCUAACAUCAAUUAAUAAUCAAGCUAAAAUUGGACAAAGUUUAGUUUUAAAUCCAAAACAAUUGACAAUUAAAGACGAAGGACAAUACAUAUGUUCCGCAUCGAAUAAAGUUGGACAAACUGUUUACGAGUUUACACGAAUUCUCAAUGUAAAAGUUCCAAGUCAACCAUCAAUCACAAACAUCACUUCGUCACCUUGCAAUUCCAAUUUAUUGAUCACUUGGAUGCCACAUGAUCGUGGAGUUGGAAUCGAACACAGAUUUCAGAUUAUGGAUCCUAUCAACAGCAACAAUUAUAAAGUUUUCUUAACGACGCCGAAUAAUGUCUCCAUGACGUCCGUCGUGACAGGGCUGCAACCGUCAACAUCUUAUAUUAUCAAGGUAAUUUUUUGGUAUAAUGGAUUUAUAAAUUUUGAAUAG